AUGUUGCAAAAAGGCCGUCGAGAGGGUCGUUCAUUGGCACAAGGCGGGAGUAAUCUGUCGGCGCUGAUUGGUCAGCCGCAGCUCCCGCAAAACGCCUCUUCGACUCCAAGUCGGUCGUUCACCUUCAAUCCAUCAGAUCAAGUCCUCCAAUUCCCUCCCCAUACCCUCAGUCCCUCUCCUCUGCCAGCAAUGGCUUCCAAAUUCUUCCCCGCUGUCCCGCGGACUGGCCGCCAGCUCUUCCAGCAGAUCCCCAAGACCCAAUUCAGACCCUUCUCGGCUGGUCCGCAACGCUUCAGCGACUCCCUUGCCGUGCACCGCAACAAAGGCGAUAACAACCCGAAUGUUCCGUUCAAGUUCACCGAGCAAAACCUCAAGCUCAUCGAUGAAAUCCUCAAGCGCUAUCCCCCCCAGUACAAGAAGGCCGCUGUCAUGCCGGUCCUGGACGUUGGUCAGCGCCAGCACGGCUACACCAGCAUCAGCGUCAUGAACGAGGUCGCCCGUCUCCUGGAGAUGCCCCCCAUGCGUGUCUACGAAGUCGCAACCUUCUACACCAUGUACAACCGUGAGCCGGUUGGCAAGUACUUUGUUCAGCUUUGCACAACGACACCCUGCCAGCUCGGUGGUUGCGGUAGCGAUAAGAUCGUCCAGGCGAUCACGGAACACCUGGGUAUCACCCCCGGACACACUACCGAAGACGGCCUCUUCACCUUCGUCGAGGUCGAAUGCCUGGGUGCCUGCGUCAACGCUCCCAUGGUCCAGAUCAACGACGACUACUACGAGGACCUUACCCCCGAAUCGAUGAAGUCGCUGCUCACCGCUCUCAAGGAGUCCGCCACGGCCACCGAGGCUGGUCAGACGGUCAAGGUGCCCGCUCCGGGUCCUCUGAGCGGCAGAGACACAUGCGAGAACAGCGCGGGAUUGACCAACCUGAUCGAGCCCGUGUGGGACCCGGCUACGAUGAUGAGAAAGGACGGGGCUUUGGACGAGCAAACACAAUAA